UGUCUCGUGGGUAACGUUAGAUCCAAAGAAUUAUUUUUUAUGCUCAGCACCGUUUGAUUGCUUCUUAAAACAUCUGACGGAAUACUUAGGUCGCACUAGUUGCAUCAUCUCGGAAUAUAUCGGUCUUUGCACUUUGUGGCAGGCUAUGCCUUUGUAGUUCAAGACCACUUCACAUGAACAGGUUUGAUCUGCAUCCUACGAAGCUGCACCUACAGGUUGCAUGAUAAUUUAUUAGGAAUGGCUGCGGAGGUGAAUGGCAGCUCCGCUCCUGCAAAGGAGGAGGAGGAGCCCAUGGAUGUCUCCAUGACCCACACGGAACAUUACCAGACGCUGUUGGACGCUGGGCUUCCUCAAAAGGUGGCUGAGAGCCUGGACAACAUCUUCCAGACAGGUCUUGUGUCAUACACCGACCUGGACGAGCGAGCCAUUGAUGCCCUCCGGGAGUUCAAUGAGGAGGGGGCGCUCUCGGUGCUGCAGCAGUUUAAAGAGAGCGAUCUGUCCCACGUGCAGAACAAGAGUGCUUUCCUCUGUGGCGUCAUGAAAACGUAUAGACAGAGGGAAAAGCAGGGAAGCAAAAUCCAAGAAUCCACAAAGGGACCAGACGAAGCCAAGAUCAAGGCUCUCCUGGAGAGGACGGGAUACACUCUGGACGUCACUACAGGACAGAGGAAGUACGGGGGGCCUCCUCCUGAGGAGGUGUUCUCUGGGGCACAGCCUGGAGUCGGGACAGAGGUGUUUGUGGGGAAGAUCCCCAGGGACCUGUACGAGGAUGAGCUGGUCCCUCUCUUCGAGAAGGCUGGGCCCAUCUGGGACCUGAGGUUAAUGAUGGAACCGCUCACCGGCCAGAACCGCGGCUACGCCUUCAUCACGUUCUGUAGCAAAAGUGCCGCGCAGGAGGCUGUCAAACUUUGUGACAACUAUGAGAUCCGGUCAGGAAAGUACCUUGGUGUUUGCAUUUCCGUGGCAAACAACCGCCUGUUUGUGGGGUCGAUACCAAAGAACAAGACCAGGGAGAGCAUCCUGGAGGACUUUGGCAAAGUCACAGAGGGGCUCCAGGAGGUGAUCCUCUACACCCAGCCAGAUGACAAGAAGAAGAACCGCGGCUUCUGCUUCCUGGAGUACGAGGACCACAAGUCGGCCGCACAGGCUCGCCGCCGCCUCAUGAGCGGCAAGGUCAAGGUCUGGGGCAACCCUGUCACUGUGGAGUGGGCCGACCCCGUCGCCGAACCUGACCCCGAGGUCAUGGCCAAGGUGAAGGUGCUCUUUGUGCGGAAGCUGGCCACCGCAGUGACUGAGGAACUGCUGGAGAAGACCUUCUCUCAGUUCGGCAAGCUGGAGCGGGUCAAAAAACUCAAAGAUUACGCCUUCGUCCACUUUGAGGAGCGCGAUGCUGCUGUCAAGGCGAUGGAUGAGAUGAACGGUAAAGAGCUGGGUGGGGAAGAGAUCGAGAUCGUGCUGGCCAAGCCCCCAGACAAAAAGAGGAAAGAACGCCAGGCACAGAGACAGACCACCAGAACCACAGGGUAUGACGACUACUACUACUACCCUCCACCCCGCAUGCCGCCUCCGGGGCGUGGCAGGGGCCGUGGGGGGCGGGGAGGCUACGCCUAUCCCCCGGACUACUACCCCUACGAAGAUUACUACGAUGACUACUACGGUUACGACUAUCAUGACUAUCGCGGCGGUUACGACGACCCUUACUACGGUUACGACGACGGCUACACCAUGCGGGCCAGGGGGAGCCGCACCAGCCGAGGCGGGCCGCCCCCUCCCAGGGCCCGCGGAGCACCGCCCGCCCGCGGCAGGGGUGGCUAUGCACCCCGAGGAGCGCCCAUGGGCGCCCCCAGAGGCGGUCGCGGGGGGCGUGGGGGGCCCUUCCCACCCCAGAGGGGAGGGCGUGGCACUCGGGGCGCCCGGGGCAACCGCGGGGGCAACGUGGGCGGCAAGAGGAAGGCGGACGUCUUCAACCAGCCCGACUCCAAGCGCCGCCAGACCACCAACCAGCAGAACUGGGGGUCGCAGCCCAUCGCCCAGCAGCCCCUGCAGCAAGGGGGCGACUACUCUGGUGUCGUGCCCAGGGUGGUGUGCGUGCCAAAGCCAGCCUGAGGAACACACCACAACUGUGUGCCUCUCUACGGGAAUGUCGUCAUACCCUGCCAUCCUCUGGAAAGAAGAAUUUGGUGGGGCUGAGAGAGUGACAGUUUCAUAGAUUUGCCCUUCUCAGCAAAGGUCCUAUGUCCACUCCCGACUUCCUGUCUGGGCCACCACAUGGCCAGAUCUGUCCAGCGGGGUACCCUCAAAAACCAUUGUGAAACGCCAAUCUUCAAAGUAUACCCCAGCCUUAGUGUAUGUCGUGGAGCUGGUUUUUCCCAUCUUGUUGAUCGUCCUCUUAAGCCUGUCUAUUGGAAUUGCAUUCCAUGCCUUUAAGAGAUGGAGGAAGAAGAGGGUAUAGAUACUUUUCAUUUUAUUAUACAGUUUCUGCUUAAUAUUUCGCAGUUUGUGAAUGUUAUUCCUUGUGCAGAAUAAUCGGACAACUUUUCCCCUUUAUUUAGAGAGGAACUCCUUGGUUGAGCAGCUACAGCAGACUCUCUCCGCAAAGGAGAGUGUUGUCUGUCUGAAGGACAUCACCCUGAGGCUGAAAGGUCUCCGCGAUGCCCAGAAACAGCAGCAAGUUGGAGGCAGGAGGAAGGUUGAGUGUCUCUUGGAGUAGGCGACCCAUAUCCUCCACAUCCUGAUCUUUUUAUCACCUCAUUUAAGACAUUACUGCCUUGGGGCCUCCUAUGGUAGACCUCAUUUAGGCAAGCUGACAGUUAUAUUAGCUUUUUAAUAUGCUUGUUUUUCAUUUCAUCAAAUACAAAUGAUCUUUAUCAAAAA